AUGCGGCUCGUGGCUAGCUUGCGCCCUCGCCCCGUUGCGUCCUCGCUGCGCGCUCGAGUCAAGGCGUGUUCGAGCCUCCCAUCGCCAGCGCCUCUCCACGGAGCUGCGGAUACCAAUGUCCUCUCGGGAUGCCAGCGCCGAGGCUUAAGCCUGCUCCAGCACCGGCACCUCGGAGAACCCGCCGGCCAACCCGCCGGCCCCGCCGGCAUCGUGAGCUACGACAUGGCCCACGAGAUCCAGGAACAGCAUCGGUCCCUUUUUCUCGCCUGGAAGGCCUUGCCCGACAGCCCAAGGCGCGAGUCUGAGGGUCCCCGGCCGCUUCUCGUAUCCUUCGAGUCCACGCCGACUUUCACCAUUGGUCGCAGGCAACAUGACCUCACCACGGACCAGGCAGCCCGUCUUGGGCAGAAGCUCGACGUGCGUCUCACGCAUCGCCGGGAACCCGUCCUUCAGAGCUACUACCCGGAUGUGACCAGGACGAACCGCGGAGGACUCACCACAUACCACGGCCCUGGCCAGCUCGUCCUGUGGCCCGUCAUCGACAUGCACUCGCACUUGCACGCCCGAUACGGCGUCGCCUCGUACGCGAGCCACCUCGAGGCCACGACGCAGCGCCUGCUCGCUGAGCUGUUUGGCAUUCAAACGUCCACCGUCCGCGACGAGCCCGGCGUCUGGGUCGGGGCGUCGGGGCGUCGACCGCGCAAGAUUGCGGCCCUGGGCGUCCACCACCGACGCCAUGUCACGUCCCUAGGCAUUGCCGUCAAUGUUGAUGUGGCGGUCACGGGCGGCGAGGAAGUGAAUCCCUGGUCGCGAUUUGUCCCCUGCGGACUGCAAGACAAGGCCGUCACGUCUAUUGCGGCCGAGAUGGAACACGCGCCAACUGAGCCGUGGGAUAUGGUGAAGCUCGCUGAGCGUUGGGCGAGCAUCUUUGAAGAGGGAUUGUUGAACGGCAAGAGGGGCGGUGUUGGCAAAGAAGCGGACGCUCGGCUUCAGCCGUGA